AUAAUAUGCCUAGCAGGAAGCGUAUAUUUCUUGCUUGAACCAAUGGUACUCAGUGUUCUGUACAUUUGGUGUCAGAUGAAUAGGGAUCAAAUUGUGCAGUUUUGGUUUGGGACACAAUUCAAAGCAAUGUAUUUGCCCUGGAUACUGGUCGGUUUCAAUAUGAUUUUACGCGGUGGCGGCAUGAAUGAACUGAUCGGAAUCCUUGUCGGCCAUACCUAUUAUUUCUUGAUGUUCAAAUAUCCACAAGAUUUUGGCGGACGUCAGUUUCUUCGCACACCACAAAUCUUGUAA